AUGAAGUUGGUGUAUAUUUGUUACGUCUUUGUUUUUUUUGUCCUCGUAUUUUUUAUUGUCCAAAUUCAAUUCCUUUUUAACCACCAACAUCUUCGUUACAAUACCACCAAAUCAACUUCACCAACGAACUCGGAGCAAAUUCAAAACAACUCAUAUAAAGACGCGCUUUUCGAUCUUUCGAAGUUUAAAUAUGAUGGAAUUUGUGGUGAAGUGUUCAAAUUUCCAAAGAAUUCAAAACGUGAUUUGUGGCUGUCUGCCGUUUCUUUCAACAGUCCAUCUUCUUGGUUUGCUGUUCGUGAUGAUGCGGUUCGUGCGUUCACGCUCCUCAACUAUUCAAUUCCAAACGCAGACAAAGUCGUCAUCUUUCUGUCUGAAACUGCUCCAGACGACUUUGUAUCAACGUUAAACCGAUUUGAUAUUACUGUUGUUGCAUCACCCAUCCCAAAAGUCAUACACUCCAUGCACCCCGUCAACGCUCGUUUUAUACUCGAAGAUGAGUUUCUUUCCAAAAACACAAACAAAUACGACAGAGUAUUCUUGUCGGACUUCAGUGACGUUUUUGUUUUCUCAGACGCAUUUGCAACAUUCGGCACUGAUGAACUCAUUUUUGCUGUCGAGUGUGACUCGUACAAAAAUUACUGUCGGACCUUUUCGGACCCAAACAACUUUAAAUGGAUGGCAGACUCGUUUGGAAUUGAGACUGCUCGGCAAUACGCUGAAAACAUGACGCUAAUAUCCAAUGCAGGUGUGAUACUUGGCGGAAUUCAAAAAGUCAAUGAGUAUCUCAAAGUGCUCGUUUCCAAUUUCAACAAAAACAAACUUAGCCACUGGGGACAUGAUCAGGCGGUGCACAAUUUUAUCAUCACUUCGGGUAUCUUCAACAAAAAGAAGUACACUUUGGAUUAUUGCACACAACGCCUUUGUUUUAUCGACUCUCGUGGGUCUGCUUAUGACUCCAUUGAAAAGACUCUGGCAUCCAAAACGAGUGGGUGUGCUCCUGUUAUUCGCCACAAGGUAUUUACAACACACAAGAUCCCAUUGUAA